AUGAACGAUAACAAACAAUAUCGGCAAUUUUUUGUCGGAUUUAUAGCGAAUCUCUCAACAAUGGCUGCUGGAACAUGCAUGGGAUGGUCAGCGCCUGUCAUACCGAAAUUAAGUCAUCCAGAAAUGAAAGAUACUCCCCUCAGUCACGUUCUGUCAGACAAUGAGGCGUCAUGGAUUGGUUCAUUAGUUUCACUUGGAGCCAUUUUUGGUCCCUUGAUUGCUGGUCCAUCGGCGAAUAUCAUCGGAAGAAAAUUCACUCUCUUGGGAUCUUCAAGUUUCUUCAUAAUUUCAUCAAUUUUGUUACUUACCACGAAAAGUGUCACUCAAAUCUGCAUCGCUCGCUUCUUGCAAGGCAUGGGCGUUGGCUGUACGAUGGUUGUUCAACCAAUGUAUCUCGGAGAAAUUUCCACAAAAGAAGUUCGAGGCGCUUUAGGUUCGUUAAUUCAACUAUUUUUGGUCAUCGGAGCAGUUUACGUUCACACAAUUGGUCCUUAUGUCAGUUAUUAUGCACUUCAAUGGGCUUGUUUGGCGAUUCCUGUGACUUUUUGCAUUUUUUUCGUGUUUAUGCCUGAAAGUCCUGCAUUUUUCGUUCAAAAAGAGAAAAAUUUAAAAGCAAUUUCUUCGUUAAAAUGUCUCCGAGGAAGAAAUGAAGUUGAAGAUGAAGUGUUGGAAAUACAAAAAUCAGUCGAUGAAGGACGAAAAAGUUCAUUUUUGGAUAUUUUUCGAAGCAAAGCGAACCAAUGGGCCUUAACGAUCGUCGUUGGAUUGUUCGUGCUUCAACAAUUAUCGGGAUCGACAGCUAUUAUGUAUUACAGUACGUCAAUUUUCAUGAAAGCUGCUGGAUCAGAAGGAAGUUUUUUUAGUCCUGCGAUAUCGACAAUAAUGUUGAGUUCCGUGUCACUCGUGUUUGCAGCGGUUAAUCCAAUUAUCGUUGAUCGCCUUGGAAGGAAAAUUAUUUUGUUGUUCUCGGCAGCUGGAAUGGCAUUUGCAAUGGUGAGUAUUAAUUUUUUUUUCAUUGGACUUUUCUUCCUUUUCGACGCCAAAGAAGCUUCUUUCCUUUCUUCAAUCUCAUGGCUGCCGAUAGCUUCCUUGCUAUUAUUCGUCAUCGUUUACAGCAUUGGCUUCGGAACAGUUCCUUUUACGAUUCAUUCGGAAAUUUUCGCUCCUGAGGUGAAAUCACAGGCAUCUACUAUAAUAGCAAUGACAACCCAAAUUACAGGAUUUCUCGUGACAAAAUAUUUCAUCGUGAUAAGUAAUGCUAUUGGCGAACAUUGGUCAUUUUGGAUAUUUACAAUUUUUUCAAUAAUUUCAUGCAUUUUUACGCAAAUAAUGCUGCAUUUCAUUAAUUCAAAUAUUUUGGGAACACUAAAAAUUGAGACAAAUCUCUCAGAAUUAAUUAUUGAAAACACCGACUUCAAAGACAUCAUAGUUGCUGAAAACAUAACAAUCGAAAAUACAAAAAUCAGUGGAAAUGACAUCGAUGCUUUAGAAUUUGGUAAACUUUCAAAUUAUGGUAAAUCUGAAUGUGAAGACGAAAAUUCCUCAAGUUGUAAAAAUUUUUACUUCAAUUUCUCAGCUGAAACGGGAGAAAUUGAAAUUCAUUACGGAGUUCUUGGAGCAAUUUUAGCUACUUUAAUAACUGGUUUUGUUUUAUUUGAAGUUUUUUAUUUCAAAAACAAGUUCAAAAACGACUCAGAAGUGAAAAUUAACCAAAAUAUGGAAGAAGAAGUACAAGAAUAUUACGAAAGUGUCGAUUUGCAAGUGAACAAUCGAGAAAAUGAUGACUCAUGUAGUCGAGAUUUGGAUUAUUAUGAGCCAGAAUAUGCCGCCGUGACAUCUUUGUAG